CCUGGACUUAUUUUGCAUCCCUAAGCACUACGCUCAAGAUUUGGAGAAAGUAUUCAUUCCUCAUGGACUUAUCAUGGACAGGACUGAGCGUUUGGCACGAGAUGUGAUGAAGGAGAUGGGAGGCCACCAUAUCGUUGCCCUCUGUGUCCUCAAGGGUGGCUAUAAAUUCUUUGCUGAUUUACUGGAUUAUAUCAAAGCAUUGAACAGGAAUAGUGAUAAAUCAAUUCCUAUGACAGUAGAUUUUAUCAGAUUGAAGAGCUACUGCAAUCCCACGGAAGACAGAGCCGAGCAGCUCCCUGUUGCCCACCCAUCCCCGAUUGCCCGCUGUCUUUCGUACAACUGCCCUACCGAGAAUACGGAUAUGGAUGUGAACCACAUCCGGGCGCAAAGCUUCCUCUUCGGGUGUGAGCUCAAGGCAGAUAAAGAUUUCCACUUCAAGGUGAUAAAUGAGCAGAUCGAGCACCAGCUUUCACUGAGAACAGUGAGCUUGGGAGCCAGUGCCAAGGAUGAAUUGCAUGUCGUUGAGGCUGAAGCCCUGAAUUUUGAAGGCAGCCCAACUACAGUCACCCUGGCAUCACUGAAAUUGUCCGUGCAGCCCACAGUUUCACUUGGUGGCUUUGAGAUUACCCCACCGGUAGUUCUGCGUCUGAAAUGUGGUUCCGGGCCUGUGUACAUUAGUGGCCAGCACCUAGUCGCAUUAGAGGAAGAUGUAGAAGAAAAUAACGUGAAAGUUGUCAAUCUGCCUGCCAAGCGAGCUGCUUCUCAAAUCGAUGACAAGAUUCCCCCUAAAAAGGUAAAACUGUCUGAGGAAGAGGAAGAGGAAGAGGAGGAGGAGGAAGAAGAGGAAGAAGAGGAGGAAGAAGAUGAUGAUGAGGAAACCGAUUCAGAGCCAGUUACACCCAAAUCAAAAAGCCAGGAGUCCUUCGAAACUGAGGAAAAGAUUACCCCAAGUCCCCAAGAAUCUAGCUCUCCUGAGGAUAUUAAAGAAAACAUUCAGGCAAGCAUAGAAAAGGGGGUAUUGUAUUCUUUCCCCAGAAGUGGAAGGCAAAUUUCACGACACUGAAAAGAAUUGCUUCAGGAUGUUCAAUCCAGAGGCUUGUCACCAUCUCGGUCUGUUGAAAUCUUUUUAAGAAAAUAAUUUUAAAUUUGUUAAUUUUUUCCAUCAUUUGUAAUAGUUUAUAUUUUCUAAUGCAGAGUGAGAACUUUCCCUGCUCAGUCUGCUAGAUGUCAUCCAGAGUACAUUGCCAAGAAUGUGUUGUCCAUUAGUUUUUAACAGUGCAGUUCCCCCUUGGAUUUGUUUAUUGGAUACAUAUAUUUGGAAUGAUCUUAGAGUAGUGAUGGCCAUCAGCAAGAGGGAAAUGGUGCAGAGACAAAAUAGACACAUGAAAUAAUUAAAUUGAGUAUCUUAAUAAAAUCUUGAAAGGGAGUCCACCACCCUGGGAUUUCCUCCAUUGGUGCAGCAGCACAUCAGCAACUCAGCUGUAACUAUAGAUUUUGAGUUGCUUGACACUCUUUUAAGAGGUGAAGUGUGAUUUCUUGUCAUCAGCUAGUAUAUCUCGGAGGUGGGACUUACACUUAGGUGUUUUUUUUUAAUUUCAAGGCUAGGGGGCAGUU